AUGGAAGGCAUACGCGAAGACAUUAAGCCACUUAUAAGCGCGCUCUUGCUCGCAUUAGGUCGAAUUACAACAGAAACACAGUUCCGAUUCGAAUAUCAUAAUCUUUUUGGUGAAUCAUUUGAUACAGUACUAAGAGGAAUGGAUUUCAUGGAAUUUAUGCGAACGAUGCCUGAUGUUUGUCGUGUAUGGAUGAAUACUUACGAUUACGAAGUCGUGAUUCAACGAGUUUCUACAGAGGAAACAAGACACAUGGACCUUUUGAGUAUUCGUGGACCUAAACGAAGAGGAUCUCCUGGAGGAAGUAGAAAAGAUAUGGAAAAAAAAAAUUCGUUUAAACUAGACCUUUCAUCCGUCAAUACAGUGUAUUCAUGUGGAAAUGCAGGAAAUGAACGACUUAACACACUUCAAGGAGAGAUAUUGGUGGCUGAGAGAAAGUUGGAGGGAUUGGAAGCUCGCAUUAAAGCUGCCGAAACCAAGGCAGCUGGGAUUGAAGAUCGUGUGUUCUCUGAAGAGGCAGUUGCUGCCGAAGCUCGCAUUGAAGCUGCCGAAACCAAGGCAGUUGCUGCCGAAACCAAGGCAACUGCUGCCGAAGCCAAGGCAUAUCGCUUCGAAAGUGAUGUGUUCUUUGAAAAGCGGCGCCUUGAGGAAAUAUCAGAACGGGCUCUGGAGGAAGAAGCUCGUGCUGAGGCUGCACGAGCCCGUCGUGAUGCUUUUGAGAAAGAGAUCGUGGAAUUAAAUAAGAACUAUGAAAAAGUCGUGGGAGAGUUACAGGCGACAGAACUUCGUGCUGCUGAAGCAAAAGAUGAGUAUCAUGGGUUCUCAACAAUGGCAGCCAAGGAAAAAAAAAUAGCUGCCAAAAUACGCCAGCAAACAGCAAAAAAACGGGCAGCCAUGGCAAAAAAUUAG